GUGAUUGUGAUCACUGGGAGAGGCAGGAGACAGAAACAGAGCUCGGAGCGGGAUCAUAAGCCAGCACAGAUCAGGAUGUGGAGCGGGGAGGAGACCGGCCGCGCCCCGGUCCCUGACACGGCGUGUGCUGAGGGUGUGGAGGCGCUGUUCGCGGUGGCGGGAGCGGGCGCCGUGGAGCGGAGCGUCAGCCCCGAGCUGCAGCGGCUCCGGUGCUCGCUGCACAGCGUACUGCAGCCGCAUGAGCGCCUGCUUCUCGGCCUGCAGAGGCUGCUGGUGUGGGACAGGCCUGUACACAGCGCCGCGGCCGCAUUCGCCCUUAAUACCGCCUUCUGGCUGUUGUCGUCCACCUCUUUGCGUCCGCUCUUCCUGAUGAGCGUUUGUCUCCUUGGCAUCGUCCUGUUGGACAGAUGGAAGGACAAGAUGCCUCAGCCUGCUGCGCUCCAGCCAGAGGAGCCCGGGACAGAAAGAGAGGGUACGAGCGAUCGACCCAGGCUGCCGUCCGUCACCGAACUGAGCCACCACGUCGCCGAGAGCUACCUAACCUGCAGCCUCUGGAUCCAGGAGAUGCUCCAGUACAAACGGCAGAAUCCCGGCAAGUUUUGUGCGAUGACGUGCUCAGGAUGCCUCCUGCUGGCCAUCGUCGGCCACUACGUACCUGGAAUGAUGAUCUCCUACAUCAUACUGCUGAGCGUCCUGCUCUGGCCUCUGGUUGUUUACCACGAGCUGAUCCAGAAGAUGUACACCGGGCUGGAACCCAUCCUGAUGAAGCUGGACUACAGCAUGAAAGGAGAGACGCAGCACCGCAAACACGACAAGAAAAAGGUGAAGAAGGAGCAGGAGGAAGGAGACGAGCCCAGGGCCGAAACGGAGAGCGAGAGCGAGGAGGAGCUCUCCUGCUUCGCCCCCACCGUGGACGUAAAGACGACCGCGUUGGCGAUGGCCAUCACAGAUUCGGAGCUGUCCGACGAGGAGGCGUCCAUACUGGAGAGCGGAGGGUUCUCGGUGUCCAGAGCGACCACGCCCCAGCUCACGGACGUGUCUGAAGAUUUGGACCAGCAGAGCGUGCACAGCGAGCCCGAGGAGAGCUUCUCCAAAGAUCUCCCAGAAUUCCCCUCGGUGGAGGAGUUCCCAUGCGGCCAGCCGGGUCUCUUCCCGUUCCCGCUGUGUUCCCAGGAGGGAGCGCAGAGCCCCGCCAGCCUCCUCAUCCAGCACCUGGCCUCCCCGCUGCACUUCGUCAACACGCACUUCAACGGACACGCCCGGGCCGGGCCCGCGGGGGGCGCCGGCGGGGCGGAGCCCGGGCCCCGCACCCUGGAGGCCCUGAGCGAGCAGAUCGUCAGCACGGCCAUCUCGGCCGUGGUGCGGGACACGCUCUCGGCCCUGCUGAGCUCCGCCGAGGCCGCCGAGGCGCCCGACGUGGCCGAGUUCCUCCCCGCGGAGACGCCUCCGUGCCCCGCCGAGCCGCCCGCCGAGCCUCCCGAGGACGUCACGCUCGUCCCCCCCGAGGACGAGGAGUUCGAGCUCCUGGACCAAAGCGAACUGGAGCACAUGGACGAAGGGCUGGGGUUCGAGCCCGAGGGACAGGAGUCGGCGGGGGGGACGCCGACGGACGAUCCGCCGAGCGCCCGGCAGCGACAGCAGGAGUCCUAGCUUAUCCGUCGCCCCUCCAAACCGUCCCCUUUUAUUUAUAGCGCGUGUAGAUUACGUACCGCACCCACGUUCGGCCCGAUGCUUGGAGACGCUGUGAUCGGUUUAAAUCGGCGAGCGAAUCGAAACGAAGCGAAAAUGAUUUGAUUCGAUGUGAUGAGCUGGAUCGGUAUCCAAUCAGAUUUGGCGCAUUUUCCGAUGGAUCAGGCUGGUCUGGGAGCUGCAAUUACGACCUCUGCUGGCCGAUCGGUGGCGCUGCGGCCCGUGACUCCCCGUGCGCGAUACGGCUCUCCGUAUGAACCCACCCAGUGUGGCUAAAAAGAAGCGGUCGGUACUGCACACGUGUCGGAGGGGGCGUGUGUUAGUCAGGAGUGGAGGGGAAAUAUGAUCGGGGAAUUGGAUACGACUAAAUUGGAAGAAACCAGGGUGGAUUGGCUGCUCUAAAAUCCUUCAGGGUUUGAGCGAGUGAUGCCCACUGCCACAUGGGCCGACCGUCUCGAUGGCCUUGUACCCACCGUGACCCUGACCACGCUCACAUUAAGUUCCAGAUAGUCAGACGGGACGCUGUUGCGCAUUUAAUGCGCCGGUCUGCCGAAUCUGAUCUCGCCACAUACACCACACAUACACUAUAUGGCCAAAAGUAUCUGGACACCUGACCAUGAGCUUGUCGGACCCAUUGCAAGCUUUUAAUCGGUCAGGGCUCUGUGCGAGACAGGACAGAGCCCUUCCCCAAACUCUUAGAAGCACGGAAUGAAUUUUGUAUUGUUGGUUUUCUUAUUAUUUUUUCUCCCUCCAAUUUUCUCCCCUAAUUUAGUCGUAUCCGAUUCCCCUGAUUACCCGAUACGACCCUCCACGGCUGACCGACCCACGCCCCCUUUUAGCGCGUCCAAUUGCCCGAUUGCGUCACGCUUCCUCUCCACCGAUGCCGAUCCGCGCUCCGAUUGAGGAGAACGAAGCUAACCCGCGCCCCCUCCGACGCGUGGGCAGCAGCCGUACGCAUCUCAUUACCUACGCUUUGACGAGUGCAGUGCGGAUCAGCGUUGUGUACGGAGAGACGCACCCUGACAGCACUGUCUUCUCAUCUCUGUGCAGCCAGCAGAGGUCGUAAUCGCACCAGUCAUGAGAGAGAGACCCUAUCCGGCUUAGUCCCGCCCAUAUCUGAACAACAGGCCGAUCGUCGUACAUGUGGCCGCUCGGCCUUAUCCGGCAGGCAGAGCUGAGACUCGAUACGAUGUAUUCCAGAUCCCAGCUCUGGUUCCAGCGUGUGUUUUUACCGCCGCGCCACCUGAGCGUGCACGGAGAGACGCACCCUGAUCAGCAUCAUUCCUCGACUCGUAAUUGCACCAGUUACGAGGAACCCUGAUCCGACUCGUCCCACCCUCUGAACAGAGCUGAGAUUCGAUACGAUACGAUGUAUUACAAAUCCCAGCUCUGGUGUGCUAGCGUAUUUUACCGUAUUGUUGAUUUUAUGCUACGAAAUGCCCCUAAACUCAGCAGUUAAAAACGGCGUCUACAUACUUUUGGCCAUCUAGUGUAUUGCCGGUUGAUUAAUUGUGAAGUGAAUCAGAUCUGAUUUAAUACUGAUCCAGCUGUUCAGGCCGGUAGACGGAGGAUCGGAUUGUGAAAUCUGCCUCCCGUGUCCGAUACGUUCAAACCAGCCAUUUAAAAAAAGAGACGGCGCUCGAGUCGGCCCCGAGCUCGUUACCGUCGCCCCUGUAAGCGUCCGGAAAUGGAUAUUUUGAGCUUUGUAUUUUAUUAAUUCUUAUAUUAAACAUUAGCACUUACGUCUGUCCGCCACUUCCGGCUAGCGAUGGGUUCUACACGGUAAAACCAGAGCAACCUGGGAGGUGUUAGAUUAAAGCUGCAGUAUGAGAGCCUACUCUAAGCGUAUUGUAGACCAGGACCGCCGGGUGGAACUGGGUGCGGCUCCGGCCUGGGUCUUCCCUGUUUGCACACAGUUUGGAUAUACUCAAUUCCCCCGGUUACUGGUUACUGGCUGCCCUGGAAUGCAUGGAUGCAUGCAUGGAUGGAUGGAUGGGUCCAUAUCCCUGAUAUUUUCCUAAGAGAGACGCGAGUUUAUUAGCUUAUAGUCGCUGUUUAACAGGUUUUAGCGUUUCGCUCUGUGUUAAUAUAUACUGUGUGUGUGUGUUUAUGUUUGGGGUCGGGGGCUUUUUAUUUGUCCGUGUUGGUCAGUUUUGAAUGAAUAAAUGUACAGUUUAACGUCUGGCUUGCACAGAAUCCACCGAUUGUUGUGCUCUGUUAAAAAAAAGACGCUAGCGGGCGCCCAGGCGCUGGGCAGAAUUAGCAGUGCCUGCAGCAGACACGUUUCUGCUAGGGCGGGAUGACCGGACUGUGUGGGCGGGAUGACCGGACUAUGUGGGCAGGAUGACCGGACUUACCGGACUAUGUGGGCAGGAUGACCGGACUUACCGGAAUAUGUGGGCGGGAUGUCCGGACUAUGUGGGCAGGGAGACCGGACUAUGUGGGCAGGGAGACCGGACUAUGUGGGCAGGAUGACCGGACUUACCGGAAUAUGUUGGCGGGAUGUCCGGACUAUGUGGGCAGGGAGACCGGACUAUGUGGGCAGGGAGACCGGACUAUGUGGGCGGGAUGGCCGGACUGUGUGGGCGGAAUAACCGGACUAUGUGGGCAGGGAGACCGAACUAUGUAGGUGGGAUGUCCGGACUAUGUGGGCAGGAUGACUGGACUAUGUGGGCAGGGAGACCGGACUUACCGGACUAUGUGGGCAGGAUGACCGGACUAUGUGGGCAGGAUGACUGGACUAUGUGGGCAGGAUGCCCGGACUAUGUGGGCAGGAUGCCGGACUAUGUGGGCAGGGAGACCGGACUUACCGGACUAUGUAGGCGGGAUGUCCGGACUAUGUGGGCAGGAUGACCAGACUAUGUGGGCAGGGAGACCGGACUAUGUGGGCAGGAUGACUGGACUAUGUGGGCAGGAUGCCCGGACUAUGUAGGCGGGAUAACCGGACUAUGUGGGCAGGAUGCCGGACUAUGUGGGCAGGGAGACCGGACUUACCGGACUAUGUAGGCGGGAUGUCCGGACUAUGUGGGCAGGAUGACCGGACUAUGUGGGCAGGAUGCCCGGACUAUGUGGGCGGGAUGCCCGGACUAUGUGGGCGGGAUAACCGGACUAUGUGGGCAGGAUGCCGAACUAUGUAGGCGGGAUGUUUGGACUAUGUGGGCAGGAUGCCCGAACUAUGUGGGCAGGGAGACCGGACUAUGUGGGCAGGAUGACCAGACUAUGUGGGCGGAAUUAGCAGUGCCUGCAGCAGAAACGUUUCUGCUAGGGUGGUGUGACCGGACUAUGUGGGCGGUAUGACCGGGCAGGAUGACCGGACUAUGUGUAAGCGCUGUGUAAGGACCCUGACUGGCGGAUAGAGGCGUCUGUGCAGAAUGCAUGGGUGAGAAAGGGUUCCGCUAAGGGCUGCACGCGGGUCGUCGGAGGCGUGAGCAGCGAUAUACCCGCCGAGACCGCGAUCAGGGAUCCACCAGCAGCGGAAGACAGAUUGACGACGAUAAAUCGAAACAAAAUGCAUAAAUAAAAUAGGGGAAAAAAGAUGCUAGCCAAAAGUAUAUGGACGCCUAUUUCAAAUCAAAUCAAGCUCAUGGUUUACUUGCUGGAACUCCAGUGGCUCUCAUCUUUGGGAUGAACCGGAACACCGAUUGUGAGCCAGACCUUCAUGUCCCAUAUUAGCUCUUGCAGAAUUUUCCCCAGACUCGCUCCACAAGCCUUUACGCUGAACCGAAGGUUUUUGCAGAAGGAUGUCCACAUACUUUUGGUCAUGCACAAUAUGAACCUCAACGUUUUGAGUUUGAAUAGUGAGCAGCACACAAGUAAGAUUAAAGCUGCAGUACGUGACCUUUUAAUCGACGACGCCUCCGCGGAGUCCACGCAGAUGCACUUUGUGGGUAUACGACUACUGACUGUAGCCCAUCGAAUAGAAAUGGACUCCCAUUGACCAGCUAUUAUUGACAUAAUGGUGUGUGUGGUGAUCUGGUAUGAGUGCAGCAGUGUUGUUGGGACACGUACCAGUUGGGAGAACCUAAUAAAGUGGCCGGCGAGUGUGUGUGUAAGUA